UGUUUUACCACUCAGUACAACAAAGUGAGAUCAGUGUUGGGGGCAGGCGUGCACAGGCAAAUGCUUCUGCACAACAGCAGGAAGAACAGAUCACACAUAACUUUGACCUCGUGAGAGCUGCAUCAGGUUUGGAUAGACGGAGAGUAGAUGGCUUUCUUUGGGAGGAUUAUCUGACUACACGGCAGUUCUGAGCGGAAGUGCUGUCACAUAUUCUCGCUGAAAGUCCGUCAAAAGCUGAAAAAUGGAGUGUCAAUGUGAAAAGGACAACCCUGAGGAUGCAGGCUGGUGGAUGAACACCAACAGCGUCCAGAUGGGAGCUUUUACUGUGGUGGGGUAUAUCCUCUACAGAUUCUCACAGACACUCCCAGCUCUGAUCCGAUGGCCGAUUCGUCUUUUCUGCUCUGUAACUGGUCUGUCAGCUCUUUGGAGCUGGGUGAGCCGCCUGGUGGGAACCCUUCGUGUAAUAAAGAGCCUGUGUAAAUGGCUGGCUGGAAUUUGGCGCUUUUUUGCAGCAUCUUCCUCCAAGCUUCAGUGGCUGGUUGCUGUCAUCACAGGGUCACCCAGAAAUGAAGCAAUGAAGUCAGAGACCAACAAACCAGGCCUGACGCUGAUCCUCCUGGGGCCUGCAGGUGGAGGACGCACCUCUCUUGCAGAUACUUUGUUGGGCAGCAGUGAAAAAAAGGAGCCAAUAAUGGAGAGCACCAAGAGACGGACAGUAGUUGAUGGUAGAGAGGUCAUAGUGAUCGACACCCCGGAUCUGUUGGGGCUGUCAUUAGGGAACAACAAGAGAGCCAGGGAAGCUCUGAGGAGCCUUCAGCUCUCCAGUCCUGGACCGCACGCCUUCCUGUUAGUGAUCCGAGCUUCAGGCUCCAGCGUGGAUCAGGACGCGGCUCAGGCGAUCCAAGCCACCCUGGAGCUGUUUGGUGACAGCGUUGCGGGUCACAUCAUCCCAGUGUUCACUCAUGCUGACCGUCUGGGUCGAAGGCGUUCUUUGGAUCAGCUGCUGGACUCCGGGGGUCUGAGGAGGGCUCUGUCUGUGUGCGAGCAGAGGCCGGAGCUGUUGGACAACAGGCCGGACUGCCCGGAGGCACAGAGUGUGACGUGCAGGCAGCUGGCGGGACGUGUGAUGGAGAUGAAGACGCUGAAGGGGCAUUUUGUCCACGAGAUGCAGCGGAGGGAGGAGCGCAUGAAGGAGGAGCUGCUGGCUGACAUGAGCUCUGCACUGGCUGCAAAACUGGGACACUAAGAGACUGAGAGAUGGUGUGUGUGUGUGUGUGUGUGUGUGUGUG